CCCGGCUACUGGGUCGGUUCCUCCCUCUUCAGUAGCUACGAUUUCCUGCCUGGAUGUCGGAUUACCAUCGCAGUUCAACCGCAACAGAUGUCUGAGAGCUAGCCAGCUGAGUAGAGGACUCACCUCUCCACCUGCAGCCAUGAAUGGCGCAGCCAGCGUGUGGGCCAUCACUCCAGAGGAGAGGGGGAAACACGACAAACAGUUUGACAGCCUCGGCCCCGUCCUCGGCUACGUCUCAGGAGAACAAGCCAGGAAAUUCUUCCUCCAGUCCGGCCUGCCUCCUUCUGUGCUGGCUGAGAUCUGGAACCUAGCUGACAUGGACGGCGAUGGGAAGAUGGACAGACAGGAGUUUUCCAUCGCUAUGAAGCUCAUUAAACUCAAGCUUCAGGGCCGGAACUUACCGUCUGUCCUGCCAAUCACCAUGAAGCAACCUCCCGUCUCCAAUUCUGCUCCAACCAUCCCUUCAUCAGCACGUUUUGGAAUGGGUUCUAUGCCAAACCUGUCAAUUGGUCUGUCAUCCAUGUCAGCUAGGUCCGCCAUGCCCAUCCUAACACCCAUUGCGGCUAACCACUCCAUGCACUCCGUGCAAACCCUUGUGCCAACGCCAAUGACUCUGCCCCUCAUCAACUGCCUGGGAAACCCUGGACUCCCCAACGGCAAUUUCAACCUCCUCACCCCACCUCUUGUUCCCAACAAUUCAGCGCUCCCUCUCUCUGGCUUUUCCUCUCCCACGGCGUUCUCUCCGUCCACCGGCAUGUCGAACGCCAACUCUCUUCUGGACCUUGGAUCCAGCAGUUCAAACUCUUCCUCCACCACGUCGUUGGCCAGUAACUCUCCGAAGACGGGUGCAUGCGAUUGGGCCGUCCCGCAGGGCUCGAGGCUCAAGUACCGUCAGCAGUUCAACACGCUCGACAAGCUCAUGAGUGGCUACUUGUCCGGACCUCAGGUUAGAAAUGCGCUGAUUGCGUCCAACCUGACCCAGACUCAGCUCGCCACCAUCUGGACCUUGGCAGAUGUGAACAAGGACGGUCAGCUGCAAGCUGAUGAGUUCAUUCUGGCCAUGCACCUCGUGGACAUGGCCAAAACUGGCCGACCACUACCCCUCACACUGCCUCAAGACCUGGUGCCUCCCUCUUUCAGAGGUGGAAUCAAGCCCAGUGAGCUUGUUAAUGGGACGGGGCCCUACAUAACCCCCUGUCUAAUAGAAACACUCGAGAUAGAACCUGCACAAAAGAACAAGAGCAGCGUGUCCUUUGAGGACAAGCUGAAGGCGAACUUUGCGCGAGGCAGCGCCGAACUGGAGAAACGUCGGCUGGCUCUGGAGGAAGAGCGGAGAAAGGAGAGGGAUAGGAGAGACAGGGAGGCGAGGGAGGCUCAUGAAAGGAGGGAGAGGGAGACGAGGGAGCAGGAAAACCGGAGGAGGCUUGCGGAGGAGAGGCGCUUGGAGAGUCAUAGAGAAAUGGAGAGACAGAGGGAGGAGGAGAGGCUGAGGGAGCUGGAGAGGAAGGAGGCGGCGAAGCAGGAGAUGGAGCGCCAGCACAGGGAGGAGUGGGAGCGUGCGAAGAGAGAGGAGCUGGGCAGGAGGAAAUGUGGGGAGCAGGAGGAGAUCUUCCGACUCAGGGCCAAAAAGAAGAGUCUAGAGUUGGAGCUGGAGGAUGUGGGAAACAAGCACAAGCAGAUCUCAGACCGUCUCCGUGACGCUCAGAGCAAGAGGCGGGUUCUGAAGGCGGAGGUGGACCAUGUCAAUCAGAAGAGGGACUCGCGCAUCAUAGAGAUCAACACACUGCAGCUUCAGUUUGAGGACUGGCAGACGAAGCUCUCCCAGCUGGUCCCAGAACAGCAAAGAUUGACAGAGAAGCUAAGAAACAUCAACCUCAACAAAAUCCCCCCGACGACUCUGACCUCGCUGACCGGGACUGUGACGGAGAAAGGAGGGAAUUGCCGGAGGCUGAAGGACCAGCUCGACACUCUGGAGAGGGAGACCACCGACAAACUGUCCCAGAUGGAGCAGUACAACAAGGAGCUUAAGGAGCUGAGGGAGAAGCAGGUGAGGCAGCAGGCUGUCCUGGUCGACCUGCACAGAGUCAAAGAAGAGAAACUGAGGGAGCUGCAGAGGCGCAGGGACGAGGAGAUGGAGAGGAAGAGGAGGGAGGAAGAAGAGGCAGCCAGACAGGCAAAGCUAGAGCAAGAGAGAAGAGAGCAACAGGAGAAGGAGGAAGAGGAGGCGCGUCAAAGGAGGCUCCUGGAGGAGCAGAGGGCCAGACAAAGGGAGGAGGAGGAGGAGAGGGAGGCACAGGCUUGCCUCCAAGCAGCCCAGGAGAAAGCGCAGGAAGAGGAGAGGAGGAGGAGGGAGGAGGAGGAGAAGGAGAAGGAGAAGAGGAAGAGGGAGGAGGAGGAGAAAGAGAAGAGGAAGAUUGAGGAGGAGCAGGAAAGGAAACGGAAAGAAGAGGAGGAGGAGAGGAGAAGGAAAGAAGAGCAGGAGAGAGGAGAACAACAGCCGGUGUUGGAUGCUCAGCGCCCCUCCAAGCUGACCACGUAUCGAGCUCUGUACUCGUUUGUGGCCCGAAACGCAGACGAGCUGAGCAUCGACGCAGACGGCCUGAUAGAGGUGGAUGAGCAGACCGUCGGUGAGCCUGGCUGGUUUUGCGGGAGUUACCAUGGAAACAGGGGCUGGUUCCCCCAGAGUUACGCAGAGAAAUGUCCAACACCCUCCACUACCAAGACACCCGUCCCUUCUUCAAUUGGAAAAUCGUCCUGUCCGCCGCCGCCACCACUUAACACAAGAGUCCCAGACAAGAAGGCAGCAUGUGACAUCACUGUUCCUGCCCAAUCGAACGCGUCACAGUCCUCCGCCCCUCUGUUGGCUCGAGCCGUCUCCUCGUGGUCAGCCACCUCAGAAACAAACCUCACUCUCGCCUCCGGCACGGGUGACGUCGUCACCGCGAUGCUGAGCUUCUCCCAGGGCGACGUCAUCGGCGUGCUGCAGCAGCGGGAGGACUGGUGGUUGGGACAGCUCAACGGGACUCAGGGAUGGUUCCCAAAAAGCUAUGUCACCGUGGAGACGGGAGGCAAUACAGAUUUGGAUGACACAUCUGACACUGUUCAGCUAGAAGAGUAUGUUGCUCUGUACACAUAUGAGAGCCCGGAGGCGGGGGACCUGACGUUUGUUGAGGGAGACGUUGUCACGGUGACGGAAAGGGAAGGAGAAUGGUGGCGAGGAUGCAUCGGGGAUCAGACCGGGGUUUUCCCCUCUAACUAUGUCCGACCUGUUGAACCAGAGGUGUCAAAACCUGGAGCUCUAAUCAAAAAGCCUGAGAUAGCCCAGGCAGUCACCACCACCACCUCCACCGCUGUUGCCCCGACGAUGCAUCAGCUGCAUCUGUCUCCAGGGCAACUGAUUGUGGUCCUGGCCAAGAACUCCACUGGCUGGUGGCUCGGGGAACUGCAGGCUCGAGGCAAGAAGCGGCAGAGAGGCUGGUUUCAUUCCUCUCACGUCAAGCUCCUCGGUCCCUCCAGCAGCAAGCCCUCCCCCUCCCCUCUGCCAGUGUGCCAAGUUAUUGCAAUGUACGACUACACGGCCGCCAAUCGAGAUGAGCUGAGCUUCUCCAAGGGACAGCUGAUCAGCAUCCUGGACAAGACCAACCCUGACUGGUGGAAAGCAGACAUCAAUGGGGUCACGGGCCUGCUGCCCACCAAUUACAUCAAGAUGACAACAGAAUCAGACCCCAGUCAGCAAUGCACAGUAGAGACCUCAUCCAUGUCAGGGCAUGGAGAGACUGACGGGUGCGCUGACCUGAUGACGCUGGACACGAUGACCCCUCAGGAGAGGAAGAGGCAGGGUUACAUCCACGAGGUCAUCCAGACUGAGGAGACCUACGUGGAAGACCUGGAGCUGGUUCUCGAGGUCUUCUACAAGCCCAUGUCCGAGUCGGGCCGGCUGACAGAAGCUGAGAUGGGAGUGAUCUUUGUGAACUGGAGGGACCUGAUAGUGUGCAACACCAAAUUACUCAAAGCGCUGCUCGUCCGUAAAAAGACCGAAGGAGAGAACAUGCCGGUUCAGCUGAUCGGGGACCUGUUGGCUUCGGAGCUCGCGCACAUGCAGCCUUACAUCCGCUUCUGCUCCUGCCAGCUCAACGCCGCUGCCCUGCUGCAGAGCAGAACCCACAACCAGCCUGACUUCAAAGACUUCCUCAAGAAGAUUGCCACUAACUACCGCUGCAAAGGAAUGCCACUGUCCAGCUUCCUCCUCAAGCCCAUGCAGAGGAUCACACGCUACCCCCUGCUCAUAAAGAACAUCCUGGAGCACACCCCGGACUGUCAUGCGGACCGCAGCCCGCUGAGGGAGGCUCUGGAGCGGGCCGAGGAGCUGUGCUCUCAGGUCAACGAGGGAGUCCGGGAGAAGGAGAACUCCGACAGGCUGGAGUGGAUACAGGGCCACGUGCAAUGUGACGGACCCAUAGAGCACUUGGUCUUCAACUCGCUGACUAAUUGCCUCGGGCCUCGCAAGCUGCUCCACAGCGGCCGGCUUCACAAAACCAAAAGCAGCAGGGAGCUGUGGGUUUUCCUCUUCAAUGACUUCCUCCUCCUCACACACAGCGCCAAACCCUUCUCCUCCUCAGGACCAGACAAGCUAUUCAGCCUCAAGACCAACAUCCAGCUGAAGAUGUACAAAACACCACUGUUUCUAAACGAGGUGUUGGUAAAAAUGCCGGCGGACCCGUCCAGCGAUGAGCCGAUCUUCCACGUCUCGCACAUCGAUCGCGUCUACACACUCAAAACCGAGACCUUGAACGAGAGGACAACGUGGGUCCAGAAGAUCAAAGCAGCAUCGGAACAAUUCAUAGAGACGGAGAAGAAAAAGAGAGAGAAGGCGUACCAAGCACGUUCCCUGAAGACCAGCGGUAUCGGACGACUGCUGGUGACCGUCACUGAAGCCCAGGAGCUCAAAGCCUGUAAACCCAACGGUAAGAGCAACCCGUACUGCGAGCUGACGAUGGGGGCUCAGUGCUACACCUCCCGACCCAUCGGCGACACUCUGAACCCAAAGUGGAACUUCAACUGCCAGUUCUUCAUCAAAGACCUCUACCAGGACAUCCUGUGCAUCACUGUGUUUGAGAAAGACCAGUUCUCACCAGACGAUUUCCUGGGUCGUACUGAAGUUCCUGUGGCGACCAUAAAGAAAGAGAUGGAGAGCAAAGGUGCAGCGAACCGUCGCCUACUGCUCCACGAAGUCCCCACUGGAGAAGUGUGGGUCAAGCUAGACCUGCAGCUUUACGAGCCAACCAGAUGAUGACACACAGCCAAAAUACUCCCUCAGGCACUCGCACCACUUAUUUUUUUUUAGAGUAAUGAAGAGAAGACAUUUUGCAAACGCGCAAACAGCCGCACAAAUCUAGAAGUGCCUAUCUGUAGCUGUGCCUUGAAAAACUCUUGAUUUUACUGGGUUUUUUUUGAGUCCCCUAAACUCAUUUAAGUGACCUUGCCAAAAAUGGAGAACGUCGAACCGAUGGAGUAGAAAUGUAUUGUGGAAAAAGGGUGUUCUUGUUCCCAACAAACGAAUUGGAGUUGCGAAAUGGUUGAGUUUUUACAAAUAUGUACAGCAUGCUAUUUUACUCUUCAUGGAGGAAUACCGCCCGUCCAACAUGUCCUCUUUGUUCAUAGGAAGACGUGCAUCCUGUUAUGCCGUCGUUUAAAAAAAUGCUGCACACUACUGUUCAAUGUCAAAUGUUGACUUUAAGUUUGCUAUUACGUCCUGAAAAUGGCAUGAAUAAAAUGGACAUACGGUAAACAU